AUUCAGUGGGGCAUCAUGGCGGACACCAGGGAGAAAGGGCUGCAAGACUACAGAAAAAAAUUACUGGAACACAAAGAAAUUGACGGGCGGUUUAAAAGAAUGUAAGAGGCUGUUUAAUUGAGAGAACAGCUGAGAGAACAAACAAAACAGUAUGAGAAAUCAGAAAAUGACCUAAAGGCUCUGCAAAGUGUUGGUCAGAUUGUUGGAGAAGUUCUCAAACAGCUGACAGAGGAGAAAUUCAUUGUCAAGGCCACCAACGGCCCCAGAUAUGUGGUUGGAUGUCGCAGACAGUUGGACAAGUCUCAGCUGAAACCAGGAACCAGAGUGGCUUUGGACAUGACCACACUCACUAUAAUGAGGUACCUGCCCAGAGAGGUGGACCCUCUGGUGUACAACAUGUCACACGAGGACCCCGGGAGCGUGUCCUACUCUGAGAUCGGAGGCCUGUCCGAACAGAUCCGAGAGCUGAGAGAGGUGAUUGAGCUUCCCCUGACCAACCCUGAGCUCUUCCUGAGAGUGGGCAUCAUCCCCCCUAAAGGCUGCCUGCUCUACGGGCCUCCAGGCACAGGAAAGACUCUUCUUGCCCGAGCAGUGGCCAGUCAGCUGGACUGUAACUUCCUCAAGGUGGUGUCCAGCUCCAUCGUGGACAAGUACAUUGGUGAGAGUGCCAGGCUGAUCAGAGAGAUGUUCAACUACGCCCGGGACCACCAGCCCUGCAUCAUCUUCAUGGACGAGAUCGACGCCAUCGGCGGCCGUCGUUUCUCUGAGGGAACUUCUGCUGACAGAGAGAUCCAGAGGACACUGAUGGAGCUGCUGAACCAGAUGGAUGGCUUCGACACGCUGCACAGAGUGAAGAUGAUCAUGGCCACCAACAGACCGGACACUCUGGACCCCGCCCUGCUGCGGCCUGGCAGACUGGACCGUAAAAUCCACAUCGAGCUGCCCAAUGAGCAGGCUCGCCUGGACAUCCUCAAGAUCCACGCCAGCCCCAUCACCAAGCACGGAGAAAUAGAUUACGAAGCCAUCGUGAAGCUGUCAGACGGUUUCAACGGAGCCGACCUGCGGAACGUGUGCACAGAAGCAGGUUUGUUUGCCAUCCGCGCUGACCGCGAGUACGUCACUCAGGAAGACUUCAUGAAAGCCGUGAGGAAGGUGGCCGAUUCGAAGAAGCUGGAGUCCAAGCUGGACUACAAGCCUUUAUAAACUGUGUGUCAUAGUCCUUUCUCAUAUUUUUCAUUGCAUUUUGCUGUGUUCCAUGCUUUAACGCCUGGAGAAAAUGUUUGUAAAUGUUUGUGGGAUGCAAAAAGUUUAGAAAAAGUACACGGUCCUCACCUACGAAGUGACACGGUAACCCCUGUAUCCAGUUAUUAGUCUGACCCGCCUUUUGUUUCAUCUGGAUCCAAAAGGCUGAUCAUUCUGGCAUCCCACAAAACUCUUAACACUUACAGAUAAAUACCUUUUAUGUUCUGAAAAUAUACAAUUAUAUUGAAAGUUCUGUGUUUUUCAAUUUAUGACUUCUCAUUUCUCUUAUUACCUUCAAGUGAACGUACUGAGCUCAAACUGAUUAAACACGUGUACAAGUGUGUUCCUGA